AUGUUCACGAUAGUAUUGGAUUUUGUUUUUUUAGUGUUUUGUCAGAUGCAUAUUCCUCCAUCUUUGGCUAUAGUAAAUGGAACUAACAUAACGACUGCUAAACCAUAUUAUGUGUAUUUAGUAAAAGCGUCCUUAUCAGAAAGGAAUUACGACCACUGGCUUUGUGGUGGCGCCAUAGUGACUAAAGAUUUUGUGAUCACAUCAGCAGCUUGCGUUGAAGAUGUGGACUAUCUUUACGUGAUUGCAGGAUACAACAAAUAUAUUGUCGAUGAGGAACUGGAGACAGAUGAAUGUACGAAGAAAAUGAAAAAACGAGUUAUAUACACGUGCGUUCCUGUAUCUUACAACUUUGACUUCGAUCUAUUAGAGAAAUGGUCUUACAUAGACAUAGCAUUGGUAAAAGUUGAUUCUCCUUUUGAUUUUGAAGAUCCUGUUUAUGAACAAUUAUGUUCCUAUAAACCAGCUAUAAUACCAAUCAAUUAUGAUCCUAAAUAUCAAGUAACUAAUGUCGAUACUAUGGUAAUGGGAUUUGGUCACAAAUCCAUUUGGCGUGAGCAUGGUGACUUAGACAACUACAAUGUACCAUUUUUGCAAUUUUCUCCCACGCUCAUUAUGGACAAAAAGGAAUGUAUGAAAGAAUAUUCAGUUUAUCCUAACAUGUCAUACAUAAUUGAGCAAUACAUGAUAUGUACUUUAGAAAAUGGUAAUAUAAAUGAUAAAGGAGAACAAAUUAAUGAAGAUUUUACCAAGAUGGAAGGAUGUGUGCCAGCCGGAGCUAGGAAGAACGGACCAGAUGAUCUAUGUGAAGACUACAACGAUAAAGAAUUCAAAUUUCGAAGAAAUAAUGAUAAAAUUUAUUACUACACGUCAUAUGAGUAUAUAAAGCGUGCUGCUCAUUUGAGAUACUCUAAUCUCACCCGAAGAAACGGGAUUUGUCAGAAUGAUCACGGUGGUCCUCUUGUCACUUGGGUGGGGAGCCGAGAAGUAAUAAUCGGUAUAGCAUCAGUAUUUAAAAUAACUGAAGAAAACGCAUGUAUUGGACCGUUUCUGUACACCAGUACACAGUGUAACUCAGCUUUCUUGGAUUGUGUUUUGAACAAUCCUUAUUGGGUUGAUAAAACUGGUGCUACAAGACUUGAAAAAUCGACCCCGAAACCGGACCCAAUACCGGACCCAAAACCAAACCCGAACCCAACAUAUAGACGACGAUUAGAUUUAUGCGACAGUCCACCAAGCGUGAAAGGUUUUGAUAUUGUAAGAAAUCAUAUCUCGUGGAAGGAUCAUCCAUCAGGGCCUGCACAAAAUGAACUACAUCCAGAGACACAGGAGUUUGAAAAACCUGUAGUGCCAGGAGAAAAAUAUGUAAGGAACGAAAACGCAGAUCAACAAUAUGACGCGACUCAAAAAUUUGCAGCGAAUAAACAAUAUUCAGGUCAACAAUAUCAAACUAAUGAAGAAUUUUUAAAACAACAAGAAGCAGCAAAAUCUGUAGAAAAGCAAAAAUCUGCAGCUAAUGCUGCUCAAUAUGUGGAAAGGCAAAACAGUGCGCAAUAUGCAGCGAUGCAAACUAAUACUGCGAACGAACAAAACGAAAAUGCUUCGAGGCAAAGAUACGCAGUGAUACAAAAUAACGCUGGUAACGAACAAUCUGUAGGAAGUCAAAAUUAUUUAAGGAUUGGAAACCCUUAUGAACAAAAUAGACAACUUGAUCCUAAUCAACCAAGUGCAGGAAAUAAUCAAUUUCAAAAUUAUCAACAAAACCCGCAACCUGUACAAUUUGAUGGUAACCAAAAAAAUCCAAUCAAUGUGCAAUUUAAUCCAAACCCACCAAAUUCAGCGUAUGAGCAAUUUCAACCUAAUCAACAACAUACAGAAGAUAGACCGUUUCAAUAUAAUCAACAAAAUGGAAUGUAUGCACUUAAUCAACAAAAUACAGGAAAAGGACAACAAAAUGUUGCAAAUGAACCAUACGUAUCAAAUAUAGGAAAUGUACAAUACUCACUAAACCAGCAAGUCAUGUCAAACGGACAAUUUGCACCUAAUCAACAACUUAAAGCUAAUGAACAGUUCAAUCCUAAUCAACAGAGUAUACCAAAUGGACAAGUUGUCACAAAUCAACAGAAUACAGCAAAUGCACAAUACAUCUAUAACUCACAAAAAGGUAACCAGUUUGCACCUGAUACAGGGAAUUUAGCAAAUAUGCAAAAUGGACCUAAUCAACAGUAUGCAGUAAAUAAACAGUACACAGCUAAUCAACAAGUGGUUGGUAAACAAGUUAUGAAAAAUACAAACAAUAACCAAAAUAUACAAUACUACAUAAAAGAUAGAUAUCACCCUGAGGAGGAACUGGAAGACUUUCCUAGUGAUUACAGAAUACCACCAGAAAGAUACCAGGGUAACAGAAUGGUGGCAAGGAUUGGAGAUGAAUACGGGGACGCUAACUACGCCUUAGUCAAUCAAGCUACGAUGCCACCACAAAAUCUGCCGUAUGGAUAUGGCUAA